AUGAACACCUGCCAGGACAUCAGAGAUCAGGGAGCAGGUGUGGAGUUUGGGUUUGGGAUGUCAGAGGAGCCCACCCAGCCAUCUCUCCUGUGGUCACCAAUUCCCCUGGUGCUUGGGAUCAUGACACUGUGCCUGCUUUUCCUGAUCACUGCCAGGGUCUACGGUGCUCAAGUGCCUCAGCUGGGCAGAGGGAAAGAAAACCUUGUGCAGAAAGUGGAGGACCUCACCUCUGGGCUGACGUCCUGCCAAAACCCCAGCCUGCCUGGAAGUCCAACUGAGCAGCCCCAGGACACAGGGGAGAAGUGUCCAGUGGUGUGGCUUGCCUACCAGGACAGGUCCUACCUCUUUUUUCUUGAAAAAGGAACUUGGGAGCAGUGUAAAUCUUCCUGCGUUUCUCAAUCUGCCACGCUGCUCACAAUAGAGAGCAAAGAAGAGCUGGAUUUCAUAACGGCAAGGUCUUUUAAAUAUGCUGAAGAUCAUGGAAGAAAUGCAUAUUACGACCUGUUCUGGACUGGAUUGUCGUUUGACUCCAGAAAGGGGAUGUGGGUCUGGGAGGAUGAUUCAACUCUCUCCUCUGGCCUGUUUGUGCUCUCAGACCCCAGUGUUCAGAAUUAUCAGGAUGGAGCUUGUACAUUUUUGCAAGGUGAAAAAGUGAAACCUGGAGGCUGUGGAGGUACUUGGUUCUGCAUUGUGAGAGGAAGAAGAAAGCAUGAGGAAAAAAAUAAACUUGAUUGA